CAGUUCGAUGCCAUCGGCACUCGGGUCUGCCGUGAGUUCUCAGUGCGGGGCUACAGCGCUGGUGAACAUGGCGUCAGACGGGAUGAUUUUAACAAACCACGACCACCAAAUCCGGGUCGGCGUCCUCACAGUGAGUGAUAGCUGUUUUCGGAACCUUGCCGAAGACAGAAGUGGGAUCAAUCUCAAAGACCUCGUGCAUGACCCAUCUCUGCUGGGGGGGACUAUCUCAGCGUAUAAAAUCGUCCCAGAUGAGAUUGACGAGAUUAAGGAAACUCUGGUGGACUGGUGCGAUGAGAAAGAGCUGAAUCUCAUCCUGACCACCGGGGGCACCGGCUUCGCCCCACGAGACGUCACUCCUGAGGCCACUAAAGAGGUGAUAGAGCGUGAGGCCCCAGGCAUGUCUCUGGCCAUGCUGAUGGGCUCACUCAAUGUCACUCCACUGGGCAUGCUGUCCAGACCAGUGUGCGGCAUCCGCGGGAAAACACUCAUCAUCAACUUACCUGGGAGCAAGAAGGGCUCACAGGAGUGCUUCCACUUCAUCCUGCCGGCGCUGCCCCACGCCAUUGACCUGCUGCGUGACGCGGUGGUGAAGGUGAAGGAGGUGCCCAACGAGCUGGAGGACCUGCCCUCCCCCCCUCCGCCGCUCUCGCCGCCGCCGCCCGCCGGCUCGCCCCUCAAGCAGACCGAGGACAAGGGCGUCCAGUGCGAGGACGAGGACGAGGAGAAGAAGGACAGCGGCGUGGCCUCCACCGAGGACAGCUCGUCCUCCCACAUCACCGCCGCCUCCAUCGCCGCCAAGAUCCCCGACUCCAUCAUCUCCCGGGGCGUGCAGGUGUUGCCGCGGGAUACGGCCUCGCUGAGCACCACGCCGUCCGAGUCGCCGCGAGCGCAGGCCACCCAAUCCCGCCUCUCCACCGCCUCCUGCCCCACCCCUAAGGCGCGGCUUCCCUCCUGUUCAUCCACCUUAAGCAUUGCUGAGGCCUCACGGCGAGAGUUCAGGGCUCACCUGGAUGAAGUCAUCACGCUCAAGUCCAGGUAUUCUACCUUGGACCAGCUCCAGUGUAGGUUGGAGGGGCUAAAAGAUGAUCGCCAUAGGAGCCAUAGGACCUUCAGCUCUCGAGUGCAAUCACGAUGCGGCAGCAAAGAGAACAUUCUCAGAGCAAGCCACAGCGCGGUGGACAUCACCAAGGUGGCCCGGCGGCACCGCAUGUCCCCCUUCCCCCUCACCUCCAUGGACAAGGCCUUCAUCACGGUGCUCGAGAUGACCGCCGUCCUGGGCACUGAGAUCAUCAACUACAGAGAUGGUUUGGGUCGGGUGCUGGCUCAGGACGUUUAUGCCAAAGACAACCUGCCCCCCUUCCCUGCCUCAGUGAAGGACGGCUACGCUGUGAGAGCGGCUGAUGGCCCUGGAGAUCGCUUCAUUAUUGGAGAGUCACAAGCUGGAGAGCAGCCCACCCACACGGUGAUGCCCGGUCAGGCUAUGCGGGUGACGACGGGCGCACCCAUCCCCUGCGGUGCCGACGCCGUGGUUCAGGUGGAGGACACCGAGCUCCUGCGCGAGUCCGAGGACGGGACUGAGGAGCUGGAGGUCCGCAUCUUAGUGCAGGCGCGUCCCGGACAGGAUAUCAGGCCCAUAGGACACGACAUCAAGCGCGGGGAGUGUGUGCUGGCCAAGGGUACCCACAUGGGUCCCUCGGAGAUCGGCCUGCUGGCCACUGUUGGCGUCACUGAGGUGGAGGUGCACAAGUUCCCCGUGGUGGCCGUCAUGUCCACAGGCAAUGAGCUGUUGAACCCAGAGGAUGACCUGCACCCAGGGAAGAUCAGGGACAGCAACCGCUCCACCCUCCUUGCCACCAUCCAGGAGCACGGCUACCCCACCAUCAACCUAGGAAUAGUCGGAGACAAUCCUGACGAUCUCCUGAAUGCACUGAACGAGGGCAUCAGUCGUGCUGAUGUCAUCAUCACCUCAGGGGGCGUGUCCAUGGGAGAGAAGGACUACCUGAAGCAGGUGCUGGAUAUCGACCUACAUGCCCAGAUCCACUUUGGUCGGGUCUUCAUGAAACCAGGGCUGCCCACAACAUUUGCAACUUUGGACAUGGAUGGUGCUCGCAAACUCAUCUUUGCUUUGCCAGGUAACCCUGUAUCCGCAGUGGUGACCUGCAACCUGUUUGUCAUCCCCGCCCUGAGGAAGAUGCAGGGCAUCCUGGACCCCCGGCCCACCAUCAUCAAAGCCAGGCUGUCGUGUGAUGUGAAGCUAGACCCACGCCCUGAGUACCACCGCUGCAUUCUCACAUGGCACCAUCAGGAGCCACUGCCAUGGGCACAGAGCACAGGUAACCAGGUGAGCUGUAGACUGAUGAGCAUGCGUACUGCUAACGGCCUCCUGAUGCUACCUCCCAAGACAGAGCAAUACGUGGAGCUGCACAAGGGGGAGGUGGUGGACGUCAUGGUGAUCGGACGGCUAUGAUGUCAUCAAAGGGGGACGUUCUGUUGUCACAUGGCCCACAAGGCCAGAGACUGAGGAGGAAGAAUAAGAGGAGAAGGAGGAGGAGGAGGAUGUGGAAGGGCUUGGUGCAAGGAGAGGGGAUGGUUCACGGUGCAUGUCCACAUAUCAUUGACUAUUCUGUAUUAUGCAACGGCACAGCUAGUUUUUAUUGAUUUGGAUAACGUUGAAGUAUAGUCAACAUCUUGAUCACAAACUAGGUACAUUAUGAGAAAAAAAUAAUAAUAAUUUUAAAAAGAAUAUAGUAUUUCAGACAAAGAAAAAUAUAACUUUUAACGAAAAAAAAUCUAAUUAUAAAAAGAGAUUUAUUCUGUAAUAUAUUAUUAUGAUUAUUAUUAUUAUGAUUAUUCUUCUUAUUAUCAUUAUUCUUAUUCUUAUUAUAUUAAGGCAACUUUGUUCUUUUCAUUGCAAUUGCUUUGUGUGUUCAAUGCUAGACCUUAUCGAUAGCUGUAGCAUUUUAAUAGAAAGCUGUAGGUGCCUGCCAGGAAAAAAAAACUAUAUAUUAUUUCCUCAUCUUUACUAUUUAUAGACAAAAAAAAAAAAACUUUUUUGAUUUUUGAGAAUACAGUUGAAACCACAAUGACUACAAACAAUCCCCCACUACAGCUGACUGUUUGGUAGGAAGUUGAAUCGAGGCGACUUCCUGUCUACGCUGCUGUUUUGAAUGGACACUUCUCAGUUGUUGUUUUUUUUGUUGUUGUUUUUUUGUUUUGUUUUGUUUUCUUAACCUUCCCAUCCAUGUGCAUCAUAAUGGCUUCACAAAGAGCUUAGCUUGUUGUUUAUCUUGUGAGUCUUGUAUAUGUGCGCAGUGCCAAAAGCGAAGGGCAGAGGCUCGGCUGCGUACUCAGACUGCGCCGGAUUCCGGGACGGACCGGUCCUCGGUCUAGUUCAGACCCACAACAGACCCAGGGCCAGAUCCGGGUCAGGGCCGUCCCAGACUCAGGUCCCUAUCUGGGUAGGAGCGGGGUGGAUGGUGGAGUUGGGAUAGGGUGGGGUGUGAACGCAAGCCCUCACUGCCCGGAACCCCCAAGCUUCCUUAUUAUUAUCACUUGACCCUGGUGUAGCUCCGAUUCCCCCCUACCCCCCAUUCCCCCAGGGGCUGCUGGGAAAGUAUCUCUUUUAUUUGAAAAAAAAAGAAAAAAAAUAGAAAAAAAUGAAGGAAAAAACAUAGACAAAAAAGAACAGAAACAAAAGAAAAAAAUAAAAGACAACAGCUUCUUUAAGUGCUGACAGCCUUUUUAACCAACUACACAAAAAUAUGUACAGUACAAAAGAGAGUAAAAGAAGUAAGAACCUUAUUGUACAGAUACAUGUGACCAGCAGUCCUGAGAGCCAGUGACCACGCAAUGAGGAGAUAUUCAACAACUCUGUACUAUAACAUUUUCUGUAAUGAUAUGAAACUGAUGAAAGAGACUAUGAU